AUGAUUGGAAAGGCACCUCAGAUCCUCUCUCUCAAUCUUGCCCAUAAUAUUAAGCCCAAGAUUAAGAUUUUUCUAGACUUGGGAUUUUCAUCAACGGACAUUGUUCAAAUAUUAACGGCUGAUCCCUGGGUUUUGACAAGAAGUGUGGAUAAUACAAUUCUACCAUCAAUUUCCGCGUUGAAGAGUGUUUUAGGAUCCAAUGCUGCUUCUGUUAAGCUUUUAAAGAGAUGUGGGUGGUUUCUGAAAUCUAAUUUGGAGAAGACCAUGAUACCUAACAUAGAAAUUUUGAAGAGUUGUGGAAUUGCCAAUUCGCAGAUUGCUAGAUACACGUAUAGUUUCCCUAGAUUUUUUCUCCAUAAGCCUGAGAGCAUUAGGAAUUUUGUGAAAAGAGUUGAUGAAAUUGGAUUUGAUAGGAAAUCUAAGAUUUAUCUUCCUGCUAUUCGAGUAAUAAGUUCAAUGAACAGGGAGCUUUGGGAUCGAAAGCUGAAUCUUUUCAAGAGAUUGGGAUACAGUGAUGAUCAUAUUCUUUCAAUGUUCAGGAGCACACCCCAAGUAUUUUCUGUAUCUGAGAAGAAGACCGAGGAGAUAACCAAAUUGCUGCUUCAAAGAGGGAAUGUGAAUAUUUCACUUAUUGUUAACAACCCUGUACUCCUUCUAUGCAGUGUGGAGCGCAAGCUAAAACCUCGGCUAGAAGUUUUCGACUUACUGUCAAGUAAGAAUUUAAUUCAAAAGGAAACCAGUUUGGUUUCCAUUAUAAUGUCAUCUGAAACAAAGUUCAUAGAGAGAUUUGUGCUUCCUUAUUCUGAUGAGCUUGGAAAACAUAUUUAUUUUAGGUUACAAGUCCUCAAAAAAUGA